AUGUCUCCUAACACUCCAUACCUCACUCUCCCUGGCUCCGGCCAGAAGAUCCCCCAGGUCGGAUUCGGCUUGUGGAAAGUAGCCCCAGAAGCUGCUGCGGACUUGGUGUACAAUGCUAUAAAAGCUGGAUAUCGUCUCUUUGACGGAGCAUACGAUUACGGCAACGAGAAGGAAGCAGGAGAAGGUAUUCGUCGAGCCAUCGACGAAGGUCUCGUCGAACGCAAGGACAUCUUCGUGACAACGAAACUGUGGAACACCUGCCACAAGAAAGACCGCGCCAUCGAAGUCGCAAAACAACAAGUCGCCGACUGGGGACUCUCGUACAUCGACCUCUACCUAAUCCACUUCCCCGUCGCCUUAGAAUACAACCCUUCCUGCACGCGCGGCUGGUACUACGACGGGCACUCACAGGUCCGCCUCGAGCGCACGCCCAUCCGCGACACAUGGGAAGCCCUGGAAGCCGUGCACGCAACGGGACUCGUCAGGAACAUCGGUGUGUCGAAUUUCAAUUCGCAGGCUAUUCUCGAUAUCUUCACGUACGCGAAGGUGAAUCCGUGUAUGCUUCAGAUUGAACACCACCCCUACCUCGUGCAGCGCAACUUGGUUGAUUUCUGUAAAGACCAGGGCAUGUUGGUGACGGGGUACUCGUCAUUCGGACCGCAGUCGUUCCUCGAGCUGCCGAAGACUUUCCCUACGAAGGCGGCGCAGACGCCGUCGCUGUUCGAGCAACCCUUGAUUAUCGAUCUUGCGAGGAAGUAUAACAGGUCUGUGGGACAGGUUCUGCUGCGCUGGGCGACGCAGCGAGGUAUCUGUGUGAUCCCGAAGAGUAAUCGCACGGACAGGAUGGCGGAGAAUCUGGAUGUCGUGGGGUUUGAUCUGGAGCAGAGGGAGCUGGAUGCUAUUGCGGAGUUGGAUAUGGGGCUGCAUUUUAAUGAUCCGGGUGUGUAUCUUCCUGGCAAGCCGCUCAGGCUUUUCACAUAG